UCCAUAGGGACGCAGUGUCGGAAACGACGCGUCAGAAACAGGAACAGUUUUCACGUUACGGCGGAUAUGACACUUCGAGUUAGGCGUCUCUUGCGCACGCUGAAUGACCUUUAAAGCGAUAUUCAGAGGGUUGGAGUCAGGACAGAUUUCAUUAAGAUCUCAAUGAAAUGCAUAUAACUUAAGUUUACGACCCGUGAAGGGGAAAACAAGACACCAACACGUCUGUUGAGUACUUCCGGGUCAGAGGGUUCCCGUCAUGUUAGCCAACACUGAAAUCUGAAAAGAAGAAUCGCGUUUCUACAUUUUCUCUCUUGCAUUAAGCCUCUCGUCGGUCAUGAUCAGUUCAGUGCUGCUGCUGCGCAGGUUUACGUCAAACAUCCUGUCCUGUUCCAGAGGCUCAUGUCUACUUCCAGGUCGGAUAACUGGUGGUGUGCAGCCUUGUGCACCAGGUCACACACCCAUCCAGCAGAGCUUCCGGGGACCUCUUUUACCUAAUAUCACAGCCCUGGGCAGGUACUCUGACUUUUCCACACACAAGUACACUAUGAUUUACACCCUGCCACACAUGAAGCUCCUCAGAGCUGUGUCCAGGCUGAAACUGCUCCAAACUGCAUUCACUGUGGUCAUCUUGCCCCCAGUGUUCAUCUUCUACCUCCAGGGAGUUGUCCCCUUCUCUCUGGUCAGCUACACAACGGGUACAGCGCUGUUUGCUGGUGCCAUGCUGUACACUGCCAGUCACUUCUUCAGGAGGGUUGUGGGGAUGAUGUACCUGGACUCGUCCCAGACCACUCUCAAAGUGUCCCACCUCACCUUCUGGGGCAGGCGAUGCGAUAUCUAUCUCCCUGUGUCGGAUGUUAUGACGAUCGCGGAUACAGGCGAAUUUGUAAACGAGACAAUAUUGAAACUUAAGAGAUACAGCAGUCCACAGACGCUGUAUUUCUCCACUCAUUUUGGACGUGUGGUGGACCAACAGGGUUUUGAGAAGGUGUUUGGAACUUAAAAAUUAUUAUUGCUUCAAAUUGUACGGAUUGAAAUGGUAAUAGUCAACAGGGAAUUAUCCUAAUUCUGUCCAAAUUACGGUAUAACUUGUUAUAAUGAGAAUGAUCUGUUCUCAGUGAAAACGAUUAUGCAGUGGAAGACUGUCGUUGGUAUGAACUUUUACUGAGAUAUGUUCUAAUGAGUAAUUAAUUAUUUAAUGAAGCUUGUGGUUGGAAAUAUUUGAUAAUUGACCAAAAUUGCUUUGGUCUGUAACCAGGGUCUUAAUGUUCGAAGGAGAAACACAUUUAAUAAAGUCUUGUUAAAAGUGA